AUGGCCGCUGAUGUUGCUACCGCUUUGGCCGCCAUACCAACGGCGGAGGGAGCCACAGCCCUCGACAACAUUGAGCUGCCUGAUUUCGACCCAGCGAUCCACCUAGCAUUCCAACCGCCUGCUCAACGUCACACGUUCGGCGAAGUAGGACUGCCGAAACCGCAUAAUGCCCCGGACCUAUGUUACACAGACCCAUUUCCUCUAUUCUCGGAAGAAGGAGUGCGUAUCCUGCGGCGCGAGAUGCUCGAUAAGCGAAUGCUAGACAAAUAUCUCAGGUCCUGGGACCGUGCUCCUGCGUACAUCGCUGGCCAUGAAAAGACGGCGAAAUUCAUGUUGCAGGCAUGGCAACAUCCCGCCACCCAAGCUGCCAUCAACAGAGCAGCCGGAUUCCCGUUGCGGCGGCUCUAUAAAACGGGAGACAUUGGGAUGGUCAACAUUCAGCUGGGUCCAGAUGGAUUGGCCGGGGUCUAUAAGCUUACGGAAAUUCCUUUGCCGCCACAAUCGCCUUCGGAACUGAAGAAGUCUGAGUACGACAACGUUCCAAUCGACUCGUGGCACAAAGACCAGGUUCCCGUCGUGUGCGUGGUCAUGCUAAGUGACACAAGUGCGAUGCAAGGAGGUGAGACGGCUAUCAGAACCGGUGAUGGCUCCAUCGUCAAGGUCAAAAGUCCAACCAUAGGAGGAGCGGUCAUCAUGCAAGGCGGAUGCACCGAGCAUGCCGCCUUGCGAGCGACCAACGUGCCGGAGCGCAUUAGCAUGGUCACCAGUUAUACGUUCGCAGAUCCCAAUCUGGAUGACCGGUACUCUUCGCUUCGCAGUGUCGACCCUGCAAAUGACGACAUUCCCCUGAUGUGCAAUCUGUUUUUACAGGAGAAGCUCAUUCGCCUUCGAGGUCGAAUUGAUCUAGUUUUGGCGGGCUUGGCAGAGAAAGAGAGCAGUGGGGGGAUGAUCGAGCGGGAAGAGGUUGAACGAUGGGUUAAAGAGCAGACGGACUUUCUGCGGCGCAGUGCAUGGGAGAUGUUCGAGAGAAUUCCAAGUUUCUUACACAAGGAUGCGCCGGAAGAAAUUAUUCGACGAUACCUCAUCUAG